AUGAUGAUUCCAACGAUUAACAAAAACUCCAUUUGUGGAGAUAAGCAUUAUAAACCACCAACAACAUUCCCCAUUGGACCAUUCAAAAGAUACAAACAUAACCCAAUAAUGAAACCCGAUCCCGAUGUUGAAUUUGAAAGUGCAUACUUGUACAACGCUACAGCUAUAGUCAUUGAUGACCAUGUAGUUAUGUUAUACCGAGCUCAAAAUAAGGCCAAAUUAUCAUCUGUGGGUAUUGCUUGGUCUUCCGACGGUGUUAGCUUCCAUAAACACAAGAAACCGAUAAUAACUGCAACUGAGCCGUAUGAAGAAGGCGGUGGAAUUGAAGACCCUCGUAUUGUGAGAGAUCCAGAACUGAAGUUGUUUAUUGUUACGUACACUGCUUUUGAUUUACACACUGCUCGAUUGUGUGUUGCUACAAGUGAAGAUUUGUUUCAUUGGAACAAAUUGGGUCCAAUUGUUCCACCUACUUGGAAUGACAUUGCAGUUACUAGUAAUGGAAACAAAAUCAUUCGUAAAAAUUGGCUGAAGUCCGGUGCUAUAUUCAAUAAAAGAAGUAAGGAUGGCAAAUAUUAUAUGAUUUGGGGAGACUGUCAAUUACAUCUUGCUGAAUCGACUGAUUUAAUACAUUGGAAAUUGACCCAUAAUUCAAUCAAUCAUAACAUAUUUGCCAAACAAGUUUUACAUCGUGAAAGUAAAUUAAUUGAAAGUGGUCCAGCUCCUAUCAAAAUGGGUGGUUCAGGUAACCAAUGGAUAUUUAUUUACAAUGCAGCAACUACUGGUGGAUUUGAUUUACCUCCAGAAACAUACACUGUUAAUGCCAUGUUAAUUGAUUAUGAUAAUAUCAAACAAGGACCAGUUGCCAGAUUGGAACAUCCGAUAUUAAAACCACAACUGUUGAAUGAAGUAGAAGGACAGGUAAAUAAAGUUGUAUUUUGUGAAGGGAUUGUCCAGUUCAAGGGCCACUGGUUUUUGUAUUAUGGACAGGGUGAUUCUGAAUUGGGAGUAGCAAUAGCUUCAGUGACGUAG